GGCUUCGCUGCCCAACCUGUUUGCUGGCAUGACCUUGUGUCCUCGCUUGGGACAGUCUUUAUCCUUAUUGGUAGUAUAAAGAGACUGCUGAUAAUCUGAGGUAUGGGGCUAGGAAACCUUUGGAAGAACUACAAAGUUUUAAUUGUUAUGGGAACAGGUCUUGGACUUGUACAUUGGGGAUGGUAUAAUAUUAAGUCAAACCCAAUAUUCCAGCCUGAAAGAGAAGACACUCUAGAACCAGAGCCUGCCAUAACUGGAUAUGCUGUAGAAAAAAACACAGCGAAAAAGGCCAAAUAACCUACACAUAACUUGAUCUAGAUAACCGUCCUAGCUUAUAUCUCCAUUUAUUAAUUCAAGAAGGAUGAUUAAAAAACAGACGUGGUUACGAAAGAACUGGCUGUGGGUUGCUGGCAUAUCCUUUUUAGGCAUUCAUUUUGGAACAUACUUUAUUCAGAAGCUGGCAAAACAGUCUGCAAAGUCAAAUUUACAACUGAAAGAGUCCAAAAACAGUGAAUGAUCCAACUGGCUACUUCACUUCCAUCCACAAAACAAGACAGCAUGGUGCAUGAUUGUUGGUGGGGUGUAUGUUUUGUCAUUAUGCUGAUGUGAUCUGAGAUGGGGGAUGUUCAUUUUAUAGAUUUUGAGAUAAUGUGAAUAAAAAAAAUGAAUCUUUAAUUACAGACUGUAUUUAUUGUUCUGCAAUCAGAUCAGUAUUUUACCAUGUCCAGAGUUGAAGCUAAAAAGCCAUCCGUUUGUACAACGGGCCCAAUGAAUAUCCAGUCUGUGAGGGACUCACUUAGUGUGCUGCAUGGUGUUAUUAUGUCAUGUUAUGGCCCACUAGGCAGAAUCAAACAAGUCCAUAAUGGCACAGGUGGAUGUGUUCUCACUACAUCACAGUCCUCUGCCUUAUUCAAUAGCUUUUCUGUCAGCAAACCAGUGGCAAAGCUGCUUGUAGCAUCCAUAAGGAAUCAUAUAUCUUGCUUCAGUGAUUCUGGCCUUUUUGCAGCCAGUCUGUGUUGCUAUUUGGUCGAUCACUUUUUCAAUUUAAACAUAGCACGGCACACAGUAAUUAAAGUAAGCAGGAGUCUUCUGAACAUGUGUAUUAGUUAUCUGAGUGCUGAUGACUGUGCAUGUAAAGUAAAAGUAGAUUUUAAUAGCAGCAAGCCAUUGUUAUGCUUAAUACGUUCUGUGGUGUCUAGCAAGCCGGCUUGUAUGCUGACUACCCAAGAAGCAGAUUACAUCAGCACGUUAAUCCUAAAAGCCUUCAUCUGUACCAUUCCUGAUAAGUCUGGGCCCAAUAUUGUUUUAGGGAAAAGUGUUAUUGUACCAAUUGAAGGUCACAGUGUAUCAGAAUCCUCCGUGGUGCCUGGCCUUCUCAUUGAAAUGCCCGAGUUUUGUUGGAGCAGAUCUGUACCUUCCAGUGGAUUACCAUUUGCAGAAAUUAAGCUAGCUUUGUUUUCCAUCUCACUAUCUGGAGACCUUUGUGAUACAGGAGAAGGGACUCUGAACAUACUAAAUAGCGUUGACACGGAAAAUGUUAUGCUGGACCAACUCUUGAUUCUUGGGAAAAAAUUAGUUGAGGACCGUGUCAACUUCCUUCUGUGUCAAAAAGUUGUCCAUCCAUCCUUGAAGCAAUACCUUAAAGAGCACAGUGUCGUUGCAGUGGAUAGAUUAGGUGCAGCUUUAAUGGAACCCGUGAGUCAAAUGACAGGUGCACAACCUAUAGCUUCUCUUAGCUCCAUCCCUGACACUUGCUAUGGCAGCUUGCAAGGUCUUCAUAAAAUGUCUAUGGGAUCUAAGCAUUAUAUACACCUUAUUCCCACUGGCAACUCAGUGUGCAGCUUUGUCCUCUGUAAUCGAAAUGAGACAUCAUUAAAAGAGCUUAUGCGGACCUGCGAGGCAGCAGAGCGUGUAUUACAGCUCACUCUUAAGAACCCAUGGGUGUUGCUUGGUGGUGGCUGCACAGAAACACACUUGGCAGCAUUGCUGAGAUACAAGAGUGCCAAUAUGCACAGCAGUGGCCUGACAGAGCUGAACUGCACAGCGGCAGAGUACCAGCUGGUGGCCGAUUGCUUUUGCAUCUCAUUAGAGGCUCUAGCACGAAAUCUGGAACACGACGGAGGAGAAAUGUCCAUUGAUCUACAGAUGGGUCAUUGCUGGUCUGCUGCUCCUGAUGGUGCUGUGGAUUUCCAUUGCUCAGAUACUGGGCAGCAAUGCGGGUGUGGAACGCACAGGAAAUUAGAAGGGUUAAAGUGCAGUGCUCUGGGAAGUAGGUACGAACCAUUCUGUCCUCAGGGGAGCACAGAAAAACAAUUAUACCCAAAGUCGGACAAGUUUGUUUUUGACUGUUUUGCUGCAAAAUGUAACGCCUUACAAGUGGCUGUUAACACUGCCAGUUUAAUUCUGGACCUGUCAUAUGUAAUUGAAGAUCCCAAUUAAGUCCUGUUUCUUAAACAAGUGUAUUCGGAGUGAAAAAUUUGAUUGUAAAACUCACCUUGCUAUAGAGAUAUUUUACAGUGGGUGGGGUCUUAUCUAUGGCAAAUUACCUUAUACCAUGUGAUGUUUCUACUGAUUAAAACUUAAAUGUUGGGAGUUGUGGUAAAUAUAUUACUAUCGAGUCAUUAAAGGAACAUUUAAGUGUAAAAUUAAACUGGGUAAGAUAAACUGAAUAAAAAAUAUUUCUAAAAGUAAGCCAAAAAUGUAAUCUCUAAAGGCUGGAGUGAGCAAAUGCCUAACAUAAUAGCCAGAUCACUAAUACCUCCUUUACAGCUCUCUAAGCUGUUAGCCAUCAGUAACCAAUCAGUGACUUGAGGGGGGGUCAUAUGGGACAUAACUGUUCAUUUAGUUUGCACUAAUUGAAUCUGACCCGCGUGCUCACAAACUAACUGAAAAGUUAUGUCCCAUGUGCCCCCCAGCUGAAGUGAAUUUUUUUGGACGUCGGGCUUUAUUUUAGACAUGUAAUACUCAAUAAACAUUUGUACUUACUUUACUUUAUUUGAACCGUCAUUGUUGGUACUUUUGGAGUGCCUGACCAAGUUCUUGUGAUUCCGCUCCCUCAGGCACCCAAACCCAACAUUUCAACUAGUGAGUUCUUCUGUUUGCACUUUUUUGGGUAACACAUAAACUAAAAAUCAUUUAAACUUUAAAUAAACCCAAUAGGAUUCUUUUGCCUACAAUAUGGAUUUAUUGUAUCCUAGUUGGGAUAAAGUACAAGGUACUGUUUUAAAUUACAGAGAAAAAGGGAAUUUAUUUUAAAUUUUUAAUUAUCUGAUUAAAAUCGAGUCUAUGGGAGAUGCCCUGCCUGUAAUUUGGAAAUUUCUGGAUAACAGGUUUGCGGAUAACAGAUCCCAUACUUGUAUAGGCAUAUGAUCUAUUAUCUGCAAAUUCAUUACUGGAAAGCUCCAACUGAUUACCUUUUUCUCCCUAAUAAUAAGAUGGUACCUUGCACUUCAUGGUAAUUAAGCUGCAUUAUUCCAGAGUAUUGAUUAAUGUGUUGUUCCAGAGGACAGAUCCCAUAUUCUGUAUUUAAUUAAACCUAAUUAGACUUUACCGUGUCAUUUUAAUAAUAAAUGUAAAUAAAUAUUCACAAAUCACAGUCA